GGAUCGCCUGCGGUUCAUUUGGAUCAUUUAUUGUUAUUUUGAGGAUCUAUUUUCCUUGCACGGAUGGCUGUUUCCCAGCUCAGUUCGCUCCUGCGCCUAGAGCAAGGCCAGGAGCCGAACCCACAUCCCGUGGCUUUUGUUUCUCUGGAGCGAGCUCUAACUCACAACCUGUUCGGAGCCUAGGCCGGGGACCAGAAGUCGCAGCCAGGUCGUCCCUCCUGGCGGCCGAGGCCCAAGCGCUCAGCUCGGCCAGAUGCCUGUCCCCACCCGCCGGCCGCCGCCGAUGCCCCACAAGUCCAGCGGUUCCGAAGGCGCGGGGCCGGGGCCCUUCCUCCAGGCGCCCGAAAGCCCGGCAGGAGGUGGUUUUUCCAGGAAGGCCAGUGCAGACGUAGGGCCGCCGCCAGGCCUCCCGGGGCCCGCAGUGCGCUGCCGGGCUCGGGUCCCCGGAGCUCACGAACUUUACCCGCAGAGCUGCAGCUUGUACCCGGGGCGUCCCGCACCCGCGCCUCGGAGUCCUGCCCUCCCCUGCCCUCCCCAGCCUCUCCGCCCAGAGCGACCCGGCCGCCGGCGUUCUCCCGGGAGGUGGUCGGCAGACUGCCGGGCAUUGUGUGAUCCACGUCCCUAGGUCCCCAAUGUGUGUGGCAGUCUGCGUGACAGAUGGUGCUCCGGGAGCGUCCUCCAAAAUGAUGCUGAGUCCGGACCAAGCCGCCGACUCAGAUCACCCCAGCUCGACGCACUCGGACCCGGAGUCUCUGGGCGGCGCAGACGCCAAGGUGCUGGGCAGCGUGUCGGACCUGGAGCCGGUGGAGGAGGCCGACGGCGACGGCAAGGGCGGCAGCCGAGCCGCGCUCUACCCGCACCCGCAGCAGCUGAGCCGCGAGGAGAAGCGCCGCCGCCGGCGCGCCACGGCCAAGUACCGCUCGGCCCACGCCACCCGCGAGCGCAUCCGCGUGGAGGCCUUCAACCUGGCCUUCGCCGAGCUCCGCAAACUGCUGCCCACGCUGCCCCCGGACAAGAAGCUCUCCAAGAUCGAGAUCCUGCGCCUGGCCAUCUGCUACAUCUCCUAUCUCAAUCACGUCCUGGACGUGUAGGGAGGGGGACGCCGCGGGAGGCCGCCGGUCCCGGUGUCUGGUCCGCCAAAGGCGACACACCCGGACUGCCAGGCCUGAGGGUCGCCCACAGACACGUGAGCGCGGGGGGAAAGCUUGCAGUCUGUUCUCUCUGGCCAGCAAGGCAACAGAGGAAUGUUUCCGAGCCUGGGAGGUGGGGUUGGACAGAGACCUGGGGCUUGCGGGGGGUAUUUUCCUGGUUGGAAGAACCUUCUGGAGGCACCUAGGGUGAGUUGCUCCGGGGCCUCUCCUAAGUGUAUUAGGAUGGAUCCCCUUAAGGGUGGUUGCCGUAACCCACUGGAGGCUCUGCGUUCCCCUAUAUUUAUAUCCCAUACAUCUUCAUGUUUUGAAAGAUUGAGGGCAGAUGCUUAACCCAGGAUGAUAGCUUUGGACCCUGACUAUCCGGGAUUUUUCUAAGAAAUCACCAAACCUUGGGGAGAAAGAAAAGAUGAAAAUCUUCUCCAUAUAGAGAUUAAGACACAGAAAGGUGUCCCAGCAAACUUUUUGUUACCUUGUCAAAUGAAAAAUCACGUUCGAAUACAGAUAAAAUCCUGAAUUUUUGGUGUUUAAAAAAAAAAAAAAAAGAUGCAUUCAGAAGAGACAGACACACUGUGGGAGGAUUUGAGUCUGGUGAGACUUUAACCCCAGAUAGGACACUAAAGUAGGUAGAAAAUCCAUAUUUAAAUGGAGGAUUUAACAUCCGAUUGCUUUUUCGGGCCAAGUGCCCCUUUAAAUAUCCAAAAACACCCCAUCUAAUUGUGACCUUAACAUGUGGACCCAUAGAUGCAGUUAGAAAAAAGACAACCUAUUUUUAUUUAUGUUAGAAGGAGUAGAGUAUUUUUUUCAAGACAUUUAUUUUUCAGAGUGGUGAUAAUUUUACUUUGGAUACUCCGUGCCAAUUUAUUUAUAGUCAAGUGUUUACACUUUUUCCCGUGAAAUAAUUGCGUCUAACUUUUUAUGUGUUUGUUGAGACUAUCUUGUGUUCUUUCCUCUUUUUUUUUCUCUGAUUAUAUUGCACUUGUAUAAGAGAGUCCCCACCUCCCCUUGUUUCUAAGCAUAUUUUAUAUAUUAAGAAGUUGGUUGUUUGGUGUGAGAUCAGCAACACUAGCCCUUCACUACUAUAGUUUUAUAAAAAGUUGUGUUGUUAUUCUUGCCUGUGGUUUUGUCUGAAAAGUACUUUUCAAACUGUUUAUAAGGAGAAUAGCUUCUUGUGUGUGCGUGCGUGACAUUUGUGCGUGGGAUGAUUUUAGGAAAUUACAUUAUUUUCCUAAAAAAAGAAAAGAAAAAAGAAUUCAGAAUUACCUUCCUCUGUGACAACCAAAAAGAAAAGUCUUUGACCUGGAAAUGUUUCAUGUUCUCAGCUGUGAAAUUCUUAAAGCAAGAAGUGUAUUCUAGAGACAAGGGAGAAAGGAAAAAAAAAAAAAAA